AUGAUCGAUAACCAAUUUGCCAUCAGGUUUGAAACUUGUUUGUUGGGAAAAGUUAAAGAAUCAACUUCGUUGGUUGCGUCGUCUUCAUCGGCAUUAUCAUCACCAAAAACCAUUUUGAAACCUAUUCCAAAAUUAGUUGACCAAUCUGCUGCUACUACAAAUACUACAAUCAUCAUCAAUCCUGAUAAUGGAAAAGACGCCACAAAUAAUUUUACUGGUAGAUCAAUAGAACGUCUAUCUUUAUCACCGAAACCGCACAUUCUUGCCUUAUUGGUUGCUGGCUGA